AUGUUUUCAAGAUCAAGUAAGAAUCAAGAGCAUUCACUCCAUGGCAUUUCAGACGACGCUUCGGGCUCGCUUGGCUUAUUCAAUUACCAAACAGGUGUCAACUCGCAACUCAACUCGAGUGGUAAUGGAAACCAGCAUACUAGCCAUUACAAGAACAGCCACCAUAAUCACCAGUUUGAUUUCGAUAACCGCGUUAGUACCAAGAAUAUUGCCGAGAAUAAAGAGGGCAAACGCUAUUCGAUGGAGCAGGUGUUUCAGGUGUGGUAUGACAACAAGGACAAGAUCUUGAGCUCCGAAGUGAAGAUGAAUGGUGUUGAGAAUUACAAACUGUCAGAACCGGAGCCCAUUUAUCAUCUUAUCUUGCAGGAACAGAACCAGAAGUUGAAGAACAGCGAAGAUACUCGUGGAGCGGGGAAGGCUGCGGCGCAGACUGCGGCUGAGGUGACUCAGCAUGUUUCAAACGACCCAGCGCCGGAGAAUUUUGCCGACAGUGUGAAAGCUGGCGCGACUGGCACGACUGGCACGACUGGCACGACUGGCAACACUGGCGAGAAUGUUGAAUCUGUUGUUGUUGGUGGAUUUGAUAGUCUAAACUUGGGAGGCAGCUUGAAAAGCUUUCAUGACCGAUUCAAUUUAGACAAGAGUCUCGUGGAUCCGUCGAGCCCCCAGGCAAGUAUCAGCGACUUGGUCUCAAGCAACCCAGCCUCGUCCCAGGUUGAAUUUCCUCCCGGUAUCGGUCCAAAGCCGUUGAUUACCUCUGACAGACUCGAGUGGCAUUACAUCGACCCCUCGGGGAAUGAACAAGGACCGUUCAAUGGCGACAUGAUGCAGGAAUGGUUCACGGGUGGCUACUUGGACUUGAACUUGAGAAUCAGAAGAAAAGACGAGUCUGAAUACCGCACCUUGAGAAGCUUGUGCCAAAGUGUGCAGAACUAUACCCAGCCAUUUAAAGUGCCACUACCAGACUUGAGUGCCCCCGAGUCCGCGAGAUUCCCCUUUGGUGCGCCAAACACGGGGUUCUUGGACAACAACAGCAGUGCUAUUCGUCUCCCGUCUUCGAACCUUCAGCAAUCGAUGUUUGCGAGUGAUUUCAUGGCUCCCGGCGCCAAUGAUGCGUUUGCACAGGGCCAGCAGCAGAGUCACAUGAACGCGGGUUCUGGUUCUGGUCCACACCAAGGUCCACACCCAGGCCAACAUCCAAGUUCUGUCUCUGUUUCUGGUUCCGUUUCUGGUUCCGUUUCUGGCUCUGGCUCUGGUUCUGGUCCAGGUUCUGGUUUCCCCAAUGGUUCAAACUUUUCUGGACUCGACAGUUUCCGCCAGUCAGCCACGACUCCUGCAGCGUUUGACCAGAACUUCAAUUUGCCCUCGAUGCCGACGUUGUUGCAGCAGCAGUUGCAGCAGCAGCUGAAGCCGAUGAUGUCGAGAAGCAACAGCGGGUGGGCUAUUGACACGUCUGCGCCGUUGAUGGCAAACAUGACUGCGCCUGUUUCCGCGAAUUCCACCUCGGGUUCUUUCAUAAAUGGCUUUUCCAACACUGGUCAAAACUUGAGUGGUAUCAAUACUGUUGGCACUCCUCAAAUCAGUCAGCCUGCCCCAGUUCCCGUGUCACCUUGGGUGUCGAAUGGUGCCACUGGCCAAUCCAUUUCAAGAAUGUCCUCGCCGUUUAUUUCCAGCACUAAUCUACCAGCAGCACUUGCGGAGAAUGUCCGCGGCGCCGAGGAAGAGCACGAUAACACCGUUUUAAACUCCGUUGUGACCGAUAUCUUGCAGGAUGACGUUGCUGUGUCCAAAAACGUUGUGCCUGAACCACGCCUAGAGACAACGCUAUCACCAUCAGACCCAUCAUCAUCAGCACCAUCAGCACCAUCAGCAUCAUCGUCUAACCCUGCAAAGACAGAUGUUGAAUUGCAGCAAAAGGAUACAUCAAACGAUGAAGAGAUUACUGCACCUCCAAUCAAAACCGUUGAUUUGAAACCAUCCAAGCCCCAAGCAUUAGCACCUUGGGCCGCCAAAGCAAAGGAAGAAGGAGAAUCUCCAAAACCAAAUCUGUCGUUGAAGGAGAUUCAAAAAGUCGAAGCCGAGAAAUUGUCGCAACAGAGAAAGUUGCAGAAACAAAUCAAGACCGAGCAAGCUUCCAAGAUGUGGGCAUCCGCUGCCGCAGCUGAAAAGGCUGCAGCUGAGCAAGAGAAACAAAAGGCCAAAUUGCCUUUAUCUUGGGGUACUACAGCCGAGAAAACGGGGCCCAUCAAGUCUUUGGCUGAAAUUCAAAAGGAAGAAGCUGAACUUGCAAAAGCCAAGAGUGCCGCCGCCGCUGCUGCUGCUGCUGCUGCAGCCACCACGUCCGCUCAAGGUCAAGGUCAAAGCCAAACUCAAGCAUCCACUUUGUCAGCUGCAGGUGCAUAUCCUACGAACUUAUCAUUUGCCAACGCUUUGGCUAGUUCGGUUCCAAAAGAAGACACUACAGCAUGGACCACGGUGGCAAGCAAGAAGUCCGUUCCUGUGAAGAAGCCCACUUUUUCAACGGCUUCUUCGGGAAUCCCAACUUCGAAAGUUACUCCUCAGUUGUUGCGUAAUGUUUCCGCCAGCAAACCAGCGUCCACGGGAAUCAAUUUCCAAGCAAUCAGAGAAGACUUUUUGAUCUGGGCCAGGUCUCAAAUGACAAACCUUUACCCCAGUGUCUCUAAGAAUGACUUGUUGGAAAUGUUUAUCACGUUGCCUUCCAACUCGAGCGAUACUCAACAGUUGAUCUCGGAAACAAUCUAUGCUUCGAGUGCUACAAUGGACGGGAGAAGAUUUGCUCUGGAAUUCGUCAAGAGGAAAGUCAGAGCCGACCAAAUGUUGGGAGGCGAGGGCGCAAGAGAUUACACGAGCUGGUCAGCCGCAAUUCUUUCUAGUGCUGAUAAAGUUCCCACAGUAGAUGAAGAUGGAUGGAGCACCAGUGUCAAGGCCAAGAAGAAAGGUUCAAGAAAGUAA